AUGUCCGUCAUGGCCUCUCGUCCGCCCAACAUGCCCGCCGGCGCCGGUGGCGGCAACCCCUCCAAGCGCCCACGCCUCUCUCUGCAAAUCAAGACGUCUUGCCUCUCCGGCUCCUCUUGCUCGUCCGGCAACGCAGCGUCGACGUCGACGUCGACGCCGAACCGCUCGCGCGGCUUUCCUCUCAACCCGUCGGACCCGACGGCCUUCAACACCCUCUCCAACGCCUACGUGACGGCCAUUGAGCGCGCCUCGACGCCCCUCGCCUCGCCCGCCGCCGCGGAACCCCUCACCGCAAUCACCACACUGCAGGCCAUCUCGCUCUACUCGCCGCUCGGUGGUCGUCGCCCCCGUUCGGCAGCGGCCAGCGCUUACCCCGCGACGCCCGUCUCCGCGUCGUCGCCCCGGCGGCAGCAGCAGCAGCAGCAGCGAUUAUUGCCAAGCAACAGCGUCAUGUCGCCCACGCCACCCGUAUCGGCUGGCGCCGUCGAGGGUGCCGGAAAGGGCAGAAAUAGCACCGUAUUUAGCUUCUCGCCGAGAGAUGCUGCCGCAGGCCGCCAUUCCCUCGAGCAGGCCCUCUACGCUGCGGCGGCAGUCACGAUACCUGCGUCGCCGGCAGCCACAAUACCCGCAUCGCCAGCAGCCACGCCGCCAAAAAAGCAGCAGCAGCAGCAACAACAACCCGCACGGGCCGGCGUCUCCGGCUCGCCUCCGCCGUACACGCACGCCAAGGCCCUCCGCAGCAUCCUCCGCAAUUCGCCUCUUUCCUCGCGUCGAUCCGCUUCGUCUCCGCGCCGCCUCACAACCCCCACCGUCCGCAUCCAGCAAGAAGAUGCGCAACAGCAACAGCAACAGCAGCAGCAGCAGCAGCAGCAGCAGCAGCAGCAGCAGAGGGCCGCCAAGCGCGUAUGCUACCACAGCCCCAUUGAGCAGGAAAUCACCACCAACACGUACACCAAAUCUCACAUUGACCUGCUCGUCGAGGAAGCCGCCACCGCGUCGCCGUGCUCCCCGCGCCGGAUGCCCGUCGACUUGCUGCGGGCGUUUUCCGCGAAUGAGAUUCGGGAUGGCGGCCAGACGCCCGGUGCGUUUGAGGACGAGAGCAAGCGGCUGGACGCGGCGCUGUCUAGUUCAGGUGAUGGAGUGCAGAAGAGUAGCAUUAGUAGUAGUAGUACUGGUACUACGCGAGGGGAGAAGAAGAGGCGCUGGGUGUGGACGAUUGGGAGAGAAGACGAGGAAGUGGAUGAGGAUGAGGAGCAGCUCGGCGGUGCGGUGGUGGCGGCAGCGAGAGCGGCGGCGGCAGCGGCGGCAGCGGUGUCGGUGGCUGGGGGGAGUGGGAGUGGAGGGGCGCCGCUGCUGAGCGUGCCGACGCCAAAGAGAAAGAUGGACACGGACGUGGACGUGGAAAUGGCCGUCAUGACGUGA